UCUACCAUUUGGUAAGGAAAAUGGUUUCUCGUCUCUGUUCUUCCUACUCUUCACUCACCUCUUUCUCUUCUUCUUCUUCUCCUUCUUCUUCUUCUUCUUCGCGCAAUUUCAAAUUCAAAACCGUUCUUCCCCUUAACCAUGCAUCGUUGCAGAACGCAAAUUCUCACGACCACCCAGUUGCAAGUUCUUCAUCUUCAAGGGAAAACCAACCAUGGGUCAAUCCCAAUAGCCCCAGAGCUCAACUUUUCCUCAAGAGGUUCCCUCAUGAAAAGUACACUCUCCUCCUCAAACUCACCGACUCUCUCAACUCGUGCGAUCCCGCUGACCCACAAGUCUCUGCAAUUCUGAACGAUUUAGGGGACAAUGUCUCAGAACGAGAAGCUGUGUUCAUUCUUGAUAGGAUGGAGAAUUCUGAAACCGCACCCGUUGUUCUACGUUACUUGCGGGACAAGAUUAAACCCACCAGAGGCAAAGAGUUGGUUCUUUACAAUGUGGCCAUGAAGGUUUUCAAGAAGUGUAAGGAUUUUGAAGGUGCGGAGAAGCUGUUUGAUGAAAUGCUUCAGAGAAAGUUGAAGCCGGAUAACGUUACUUUCGCGACUAUGAUUAACUGUGCUAGGUUGUGUUCUAUGUCUGACAGGGCUGUGGAGUGGUUUGAGAAGAUGCCGGGUUUCGGGUGUGAGCCGGAUGCUGUCACGUGUGCGACCGUGAUAUUUGCUUAUGCGCGUGUUGAGAAUGUUGAUAUGGCUGAGCGCCUUUAUGAUCGUGCGAAGACGGAGAAUUGGAGGCUUGACACGGUGACGUUCUCAGCAUUGAUUAAGAUGUAUGGCAUGUUGGAAGACUACGAUCAAUGCUUAAAUGUUUACGAUGAUAUGAAGGUUCUUGGUGUGAAACCGAACCUGGGAACGUAUAAUACUUUGUUGCCUGCCGUGUAUAGAGCCAGGAAGCCCCUGCUGGCAAAGCUUAUAUAUGAAGAGAUGAAAAGAAAUGGUAUCUCGCCGGAUUAUAUAACCUAUUCAACUCUAUUGCGAGCCUAUAUUGGAGGGUAUUUGAGGGAAGACGCUCUUGGUAUUUAUAGGGAAAUGAAGGAGAACAGGAUUGGUGUUACUGUAGAUCUUUGUAACUUGCUUUUAUCUAUGUGUGCUGAUGUUGGCUUCCUUGAUGAAGCUGUUGAAAUUUUUGAAGACAUAAAAAGUUCUGGGAUUUACCAGCCUGAUGAGUCGACAUUUUCAAGCUUGAUUACUGUAUAUUCCUGCUUUGCGAAAGUUUCGGAGGCAGAAGCGAUGUUAAAUGAAAUGAUUGAAUCUGGAUUUAAGCCUAAUAUCUUUGUUAUAACCCCGCUUGUCAAAUGCUAUGGAAAAGUAAAGCAAAUUGAUGAUGUUGUGAAGAUAGUUAAGCGAGGCUUGGAUUGGGGCAUCGUUCCGGAUGGCCACUGCUGCUGUUGUCUUCUGAAUAUUAUGACAAAAACACCAAUGGAAGAGCUUGGCAAGCUCAUAGAUUGCAUUGAGAAGGCUAAUGAAGAACUUGGGUCUGUGGUAAGAUAUUUGGUGGAGGGGCAGGAGGAGGGUGAUCAAGAUUUUAUAAAGGAAACAUCAGCUCUUCUUAACUCAACUGAUGCUGAAAUAAAGAAGCCCUUGUGCAAUUGCCUGAUUGAUCUUUGUGUCUACCUGAAUUUACCUAAUAGAGCACGUGAACUUUUUGACCUAGGAUCGACGCUUGAGAUAUAUAAGGAUGUACAAUUCAGAGCUCCAACUCAGUGGUCUUUGCAUCUAAGAAGACUCUCAGUUGGAGCUGCUAUGACUGCGUUACAUGUUUGGAUAAACGACUUGUGUAAGGCUUUGGAAUCAGGGGAGGAGCUUCCAUCACUAGGAAUUAAUACUGGGAUUGGAAAAUACCAGUUUUCAGACAAAGGCUUGGCUAGUGUAUUUGAAUCGCAUUUGAAGAAACUCAAAGCUCCAUUCCAUGAGGCUCCAGAUAAGCCUGGCUGGUUUUUUAUAUCAAAGAAAGCAGCCAAAUCAUGGCUGAAGUCUAGGGGUUCAGCCAAAUCAAUUGCUGCUCUGGACUCUCUGGUUUUAGGUGUUCCAACAAUGGCCCUUCCCUAUUGAUAAUGCAGUUAGGGAAUGAUGUGCCGUGUUAUUUUAUGCAUUUGCCUAUUCCUUUAGUGGAAAUUUUGUGUGAGCGAACUCAAUAUGUAUACCAAACUUUUUGAUGUCUUACCGAGUAAAUGAAGACCUGAUACUUAGUUUUUCUUUACUAAUGUACACCUACAUAUCCAUA